UUGAGCGGCAGCGGAAGUGGAAACUUGCACAGAACUCUGUUUUCUGCCUCCUGCGAUGCUCGUGGAUGCUCCUCCGUCUGUAGAGCUGUUCUUCCCUCCUUUUCUUCUUCCUCUUCUUCUUCCUUCAAUUCUUCCUCUUCCUCCUCCUCUUCCUCCUCCUCCUCCUAUUCUUCCUCUUCCUCUUUUCGUCCCUCUGCUGUCCCGGAGAGACGCGCGCUUUCGCUCUCCGAUGUGAGUUCGCCCGUGCGUAAUAGUCCGGCACGGUGCGCGCCGUCAUGUCUUAUCCUCAGGGUUUCCUCUUCCAGCCGUCCGUGUCUCUGGCUCUGCACUCCUGCCCGUCCUUCAGCACCGGGGUCAUCCUGGGCCCUCGGACCGAGGAGCUCGGCCGCUCGUCUUCGGGCUCAGCCUUCGCUCCGUACUCCGGAUCGGCGACCUCUCCCGGUUUCAACUCCCACCUGCCGUACGGCGGAGAGCCGCGGGCCGCCGCCACGCUCAGCUCCUUCGUGAGUCCCGGUUAUGACCCGUCCUCGGGGAUCUCCGGUUCCUUGGACUACCACCCGUUCGGGGCCCUGGGGCCGUACCCGUACGGGGACCCCACCUACAGGAAGAACGCCACGCGGGACGCCACGGCCACGCUGAAGGCCUGGCUCAACGAGCACCGGAAGAACCCGUACCCGACCAAGGGCGAGAAGAUCAUGCUGGCCAUCAUCACCAAGAUGACCCUGACCCAGGUGUCCACCUGGUUCGCCAACGCUCGCCGCAGGCUGAAGAAGGAGAACAAGAUGACGUGGACCCCGCGGAACCGGAGCGAGGACGAGGAGGAGGAGGACAACAUCGACCUGGAGCGGACCGAUGAGGACGAGGAGCCAAUGAAGCAGAACCAGGACGAGGCGGGGUCCAAGAGCGAAGCCGCCCGGCGGCCUUCCUCAGUCGGUGGCUCUUGUGUGUUGAUGUUCAGAGACGACAGCAGCAGCGACACUGAUCGAGGCUUCACUGAUCCGGAUUUUAAAGACUCAGGGGACGGGAGGUUGGCCCACAUCGCUGGCCCCGCCUCCACAGGGGCCCCUUCUCAGAACGGGCCUCUGGGCACCCUCAGAGCAUCAGAGCCGGAGCACAUGUCCAAAGAGCCAGUCAACUCCUGCAACGCCAUCCAGGGGCCAAACCCGGCCCCCAAACCCAAACUGUGGUCUCUGGCUGAGAUUGCCACAUCCUCAAAUAAAAGUAAAGGCUGUUCGGACUCUCAGCAGCAGCAGGCGCCCGCACCUCGGACCUUGUUCCACCACAGUCCCACCCUGCCCCGAAACCUCUACUACAGCUCCUCCUUCAUCCCUGGAUACUCCAGCUACGGGCCCCUGGGGCCCCUGCACGGCAGCCCCGGCUCACACCUGGCCUCCAGCACACAUUUAAAUGGAUUACAGCAGACGAUGCUGCAGAGAGCCGAGGCGGCGGCCAGAGACUGCAGGCUGCGCAGCCACGAACUGAAGAAAGGCACAAUGAGCGCGUGAGGACGGAGCUCCUCCUCCAGAUCUCACAGACUCUCAUUCAAAAACACAGAUAUUCAGUUUUAGACGGUUUUCUAUGUUGAUCAGAUGUAAUCUUUGUAGUGCAUCUCUGCACAGAACAUCAAGUAUCAUUAAAAGAUAGUUUUAUUUAUAUGCAUCUGGCCACCGGCCGUUUGUCCCUCCAGAUUAAACCUCCGAUCACAGCUGCUCAGGAAAUAUGAGCACACUGUCAUCAUCAUCAUCAUCAUCAUCAUCAUUAUUGUUAUUAUUAUUAUUAUUAUUAUUAUUAUUAUUAUUAUUAUUAUUAUUAUUAUACAGGAUCAUUGACUCAUCAACUCUUAUGUCCCUCCACAAUAAACGUCCAUGAAUCCACUCCACAUGCAGAACUCCACUGAGAAUAUUCAAAUUUUCUUCAUUAUCAGAGUAAUCGAUUACAUUCAUGAGUGCUCACAAGCUUCAUUUGACUGAAUUGCACGAUGAGCAGGUGUUAAUUACCAGGUAACAUGUCUGAAAUGUAUCACAAAUGACAUCAACAUUAUUCAGUGCUGAUAUUCUAAUAUGAAUCAAUAACAAGCUUCAAUCCAUGAAGUGACUCAGCGAUCAGCAGAGACGUGGUUAAAAACACUCACAGUCAGUUGAUGGUGGUGAGUUUUCAUGAUGGAUGAUCUCAUGACUGACUGCAGAUCUGUCCAGCUCACUAACACACUGUCUGUUUAUUGAUCCGUUAUUGGUGCAGAUGAUUACUGAUAUCUGACUGUGUGAUACAGUAACAUUUGUGUCGUGAGGUUGAAGUGAGUGCAGUGUGUUUCAGGGCAGGUUCUGGUUAUAUUUUGAAGUUAUCAGAUUAUUGAGACGAUGAUGAUCAGAUCAGACUUUACUGUGAAGGAUUUGACGUUAUGCUCGUUCUUGAGUCUCAGAGAGAAACAGAUGCUAACAUUAGCUUAGAAACAGAGUCCACUAACAACCAGCUUCAACGCUGGACGUUAUUAUCAGGCCUCCGGAGACAGCUGAGGACAUGGAUGCAGGAACUAGAGGUGCUCGUGGCUGCAGCACUGCCUAAAAUGAGACUUUAACAUUUGCUGAAUUUACCAGAAGGCCCAAACAAUGAAGACUUUAUCAGAGAGAUUGUUUCACAGAGUUUAUAAAGGUCCUCUGAACUCAACAACUCACUAAACUGAGUGAUUUUCUAAGGGAGUCUGGUUCUUUGUCUCCUCCUUUGUGUUGGCUG